UUGUUCGAGUAUUAAAUUACUUGAAAAUGAUUCUAUUGGUGUUUACGAUAAUUUUUUCUAUUUUAUUAAUAUGUUUUGUUACAUUGGCAUAUAUCAAACAAAGAACAUUUAGAGACUUUCCCGGUCCAGAGCCUAAUUUAUUUUUAGGAAAUUGUCAUAUGAUAUUGUUUAAGCCUUUAUACAAAUACAUGGAUAUGCUGACGGAAUUACAUGACAUAUACGGACCGGUAAUGAGACUUCACGACGGACCUAUUAGUACCAUUUUUGUAGUUAAAGAUGUUAAAUUGAUCGAACACAUAUUAGGUUCAACAAAGCAAAUAAACAAAGGGAAGCAAUAUCAGUACUUGCAUAAAUGGUUAUCAACGGGAUUAUUAACAAGUACAGGAACAAAAUGGAAACAACGCAGAAAAAUUUUAACUCCGGCCUUCCAUUUUUCAAUACUUGAAAACUUUGUAGAUGUGUUUGAAACCAAUGGAAAUGUUUUUAUUGAUAUUUUAAAAAAGGAAGUAGACAAACCAAGUAUAGAUAUUACCUCUUUUGUUUCUUUGUGCACUUUAGAUAUUAUUUGUGAGGCUUCUAUGGGCUAUAAGUUGAAUUCUCAAGUUACAAAAACCUCUGCAUACGUAAGAAGCGUUAAAGAAGUAUGCAAAAUUUUCGCAAUGAAUCAAUAUAGUAUGGUUAGUCAGUUUUUAUAUCCACUAACAUUAAACUAUUUCCUUGAAAAAAGAGCAAUAAAGGUACUUCAUGCUCACACAGACAAUAUUAUACAACAAAGAAUUACGGAACGAAUUAAAUGUGUUAAUGUCAAAAAUGAUGUAUAUGAAUCUAGUCAUAAGACUGGUAUCGAUGAGUUUAACCAGAAAAAAAGGUUGGCAUUUUUGGAUUUAUUGUUAGAAUGCACGAUAGAUGGAAAGCCUCUAAGUCGAUUGGAUAUAAGAGAAGAAGUUGAUACUUUUAUGUUUGAGGGUCAUGAUACCGUAUCAUCUGCAAUUAGUUUUGCUUUAUAUUCGUUGGCAAAUAACCCAGAAGUUCAGAAAAAGGCAUACGAGGAACAAAAAUCGCUUUUUGCUGAUUUCAAAACAGCUAAACCAACAGUUGCAAAUUUAAAUGAUAUGAAAUAUUUAGAGUUGGUAAUCAAGGAAACUCUAAGAAUAUAUCCGGCUGUGCCAUAUAUAGGGCGGGAAUUAUCUGAAGAUCUAGAGUACGAUGGAAAAGUAUUACCAAAGGGAGUCACUGUGGCAUUACUUAUUUUCUUAGUUCAUCGGGAUCCAGAAAACUUUCCAAAUCCAUUAAAAUUUGAUCCUGAGCGAUUCAAAGACACACAUGGAACUAACCCCUAUAUGUAUAUUCCGUUUAGUGCAGGACCUAGAAAUUGCAUCGGUCAAAGGUUUGCUAUGCUGGAAAUGAAGAGUACGUUAUCAAAAGUAAUAAGAAACUUUGAGCUAUAUCCUUCAGCCAGUCAAAAGAAAUUGCAGUUAUCUCCAGAAACGAUCCUUGUGUCAAAGAAUGGAGUGUGUAUAUCUUUGAAAAAUAGAUUGUAGUAGGAUUAACUAAAAUGUAAUAUUUAAUUUUUUGUUUGAAUAUUUAUAUAUUAUUUAAAUUAAUAUAUCUAAAUAUACCUUGUAUAA